AUGACAGUUCUCCUUAAAUUGCUUAGGAUAUCUAAAUAUUUUGUGACUGCUGUUGCUGGUGAUGAUGAUUUGGGUUUGAUAGGAACCCACUCCCAAAUUAAUAAGAAUUGGGCUGGGCAGUGGGCCUUUGAUAAGAAUUGGGUUGGGCACAAUUGGGUUUACAUUUUUUUUUUUUCUGAAGUGCAGGUGAGGGUUGUGGUGAAAGGGAGGGUUCAGGGUGUGUUUUAUAGGAACUGGACUAUAGAGAAUGCCACACAAUUAGGGUUGAAAGGCUGGGUGAGGAACAGGAGGGAUGGUUCUGUAGAAGCUCUGUUUUCAGGCAAACCUGAUUCUGUUCAAGAGAUGGAGCAGAGGUGCCGCCGUGGCCCAUCCGAUGCACUUGUUACAGCACUUGAGGUGUUUCCGAGCAGUGACAAUCCUGGUACUGGGUUUGAGCGUAAACCAACUGUUUGAUCAAUCAACGUGAAGAGAUUAGUACCCAUUUCUAAUUUGGUCAUGUAAAACUCUAUAUAGGAUUGAGUUAUAUCUGAUGUACUUUGAUCACUAUUUCUACUACUGGAUUUCUACUUGCAUAAUUGAUAUGAAACCCAGUUCUUGAAUAUGAUUGCAAUGUUGUUUGCUUGGUGAAAACUUUGUCAAUUAAGCUUCCAAAUAGCUAGAAAUAAAUUCAAACCAAAGAUUUGCUUGCCAAAUGCAACUCUUGUAAACCAACCUAAUGAUUUUUCCAUAAGAAUACACAGGCAUUGGAUGAGGAUUUGAAGAAUAUGCAAAAUAUAUCACUCUUUUGGUUAUCAGACCGAUUAAAAGAGUUUAUGCUUGCAUGCUACAAUAUUAACUCCAGCCCAGAGACUUGUUUAUGCAUGAGAUGAUUUUACCACUAGAAAUUUUGAAGAAUUUUUAGUUAUUAGCACUUGGUGAAAUGAGGCGUUGCUUUUACCACAAGAAGUUUAAUAGGAGAAGCUCAAUUGAAAUUUGAACAUUGGCUUUACUAUAGGUAAUACAUCAAUAAUUAGGUGAAAGUUAAGCAGCUUGUGGUGCGUUGUUAUGUGGAGUUGAAUGAAGUGAUAUGUGGGUUUUUAUUUUUGAGUCAAUAUGGGAUCAAACAGUGGAUUUCUUUGGUUUAAUUGGUUUCUGGGGCUAUAUGUUUGAAUGCCGAAUCAGUUGAUGAUUAAGGUUGAGCAGUAUCUGGAUAAAGCUUAUAUGGAUGACGCUCUUAAGGAUUGUUUUGUUUUUAAAAUACACAUCACAUAAUUCUCCAUUGCUGACUGUGCAACCCCAUUAUUGUUUAGAUCCUAAUUCAGAUACACGCAGGCACUCUCUCUCUGUAUGUGUGUCUAAUAUUUUGGUUUUGACAAUUAUGAUUCAUUAGAUAGCAUGAUUUAAUUGUUUAUCAACCAGUGCCAAUAAUGAUGCAAACUCUUUAAAUGCCUAAGAGGCAUUGAAUCAUGUACGGUUUCUAAUUUCCUUUAUCAGCUUUUGUGUUUAUCAUGAUUCAUCAACAGGGCUCUUCUUUUUGGUUUUUGCUUCUGUUUGAUAUCAACAGGUAUGGGCUAAUAUGUUUUUAUUAGUUCUAACCAAUUGAGGGGCCAUGGCCGCUACAAAUUAUGCUCUUUCUUUAUGUUGAGGUUGAAGGUAGCUGUUGAGGACUCACAUUAUCAGCCCUUAAAUUGCUUUGCGGUAUGGAAGGUGGGCUUGAAAGAUGGACAAAUGUUUUUUUUACCUGGCAGUUGCAUGUGCUUCUUCAACUCACUGUCUGUACAAGAAAUGGUAUGUAUUUGGGUCACCCGUUAAUUAGAAGAUGCUGGGGUUGCUUCGUUCUAGGAAUAGUAACUUCUUUUCAUGGACUGUUGAGUGAUAGGAAAUAAACCAAACAGCCAAUCUAUUCUUGGGAUGAGUGUCGAACGUGUGGAUAGUGUCAUGUCAGUUUGUCAACCAUGGAAGCUUAAAACUCCACAAAAUAACUGAUUUUAGCCAGGUCCUUCCUGUUGGUUUCUCCUUAUGCUGAUUUUCAUUUUUAAUCUUGUAGUAGUGGCAACAUGAGUGAUCUUGCCUUUUAGAUAAACUUUUCAGAGAAUAUUCAGUGUUCAUGUUUCGUAUAAGAUCCAGUGAGUUUCAGUCAAAUGCCUCUUUAGUUGUUUUAUUUUGGGCAUUAUUCUGGUCUCUGCUCUAAGAUCGUUCGUCCUGUAACUUGCCAGCUUCCUUUCACAUUUAAUGGUCCAUACAUCUAUCUUUGUAAUUUACCCACCAAACACCGUUAAAUGUUUCUAUAUUCAAUGAACCUAAACAUGGCAUAAGCUUCUUCCGUUAUGUUCAGCUGCUACUAUAUUUGAAUUUCAUUAAAGGUUCUUCCCAUAUAAAAAUAAAUAAAAAUCAGUAUAGGAUCUUAAAAUGUUGAUAAAGAUGUAAAGUACACUUAAAACAACCAGCUAUGUCUAUUCAAAUAUGAGAAAGUGUACAUAUAGGUACCAUGUUACUGUGUCUUUCUUUUCAUUUUUCUUGCAUAGUUUGUACUCAAACUGAAUUCUUAGGAUCUUCAUUAUCUGCUGGCUUGUUAUCACAUGGAGGAGAGGUAUAGUUUUGUUUUCUAGUGGUCCAAAGUGCAUGUGAGUUGGAACCCUUCUGAUAAUUGACAUCAGAUUGAAGAUGCAGCUCUCAUGGUGUGCCAUGUUGAAGAAGGUGUAGUCAUGAAUCACUGGACUGAGAUAGAAACUCUGAAAGUGAUGGAUCAAAGUUACAUUCAGUAGAAUAUGGUGCAAAGACAUGCGGUUGUCUGACUAACUUGUUUCAGAAAUUUGGUCAUGCCUUUUCUUCUUUAGCAUUUCCUCCAUCUCUGUAAAAAUUAGAGUCUGCAGGGUGAUUUAAGCAAGAAAAAAACUUAGUAAUCUCUCAUUGAGCUUAUCUAGUUGUUGCUUAACCAAAGAUAGUGAGCAUGAGAAGAGCUUUGAUGAUGCUGAGGUUUGUUAGGAAGAUACUAAUGACAGUUCUCCUUAAAUUGCUUAGGAUAUCUAAAUAUUUUGUGACUGCUGUUGCUGGUGAUGAUGAUUUGGGUUUGAUAGGAACCCACUCCCAAAUUAAUAAGAAUUGGGCUGGGCAGUGGGCCUUUGAUAAGAAUUGGGUUGGGCAAUGAUCCUUUCGUGGGCUUGGGUAGAACUUUCCUUGGAAACCCAGUUUGCCAAGGGAGGGUGUCCAAGGUUUUUAUAAACCACAUGCAGACCCUUUUUCCCUCUCAAUGUGGGGUUCUUACAGGGUCCAUCAUUGGGGGUUUUCCGGGGGACGUGAAGGAGGGGCAUUUUGCAGUUCACACCAUCGAUGACAAUGAGCUGCAAAGUUUCAUCAUUGAACUGGAUUAUCUAGCUCACCCUGGGUUCUUGAAGUUAUUAAGCUGGCUGAGGAGGAAUUUGGGUUUAAACAAGCAGGAGUUCUUGCCAUCCCUUGCCGGCCCAGUGAUCUCCUGAGGAGUCUUGAAAACAAGGAGAGAUAGGAUUGAUGUGAUAGAAUCAUGUAUUUAAGUAGCUAGAUAGUCAAUAAUUUGCAGUUUAUUUUAACCUUCUUUCAAGUAUGUUAAGUUGUGCUAGCUUCAUCAUGGUUAUUUGAAGUGUUGCUGUUGAAUAUUUAUCUAUUGUAAAAGAUUUGUAGAAUGAUGAUUUGUAAUCGUAUGUAGUUGUGAUGUGAUAUGAAAAGUACCAAGUUGGAUAUGAAAUUAAUACCGUCAUGGUAGUAAUAUCUGGCUUCUGUUGUCUAUGGUUCCUGGUCUUUACUUCCUGAUAAUUUUAUGGAAAGCAAGGUCCUCAUGUAGAUACCAUUUUCAGCUAUUAACCGCAUAAAGUAGUUGUAGAUUAAUACAUCACAUGCAAUCAAACACAUAGCUAGAUGGUAGGACAAUGCAUCCACAUGCAUGGUCCCUACUCACAGUCCUAUCGCAUUUGUACAAUUCAAGACUAUCAUCCAUAUGCAGUCUUAAGACAUAGGGCUAGUAAUUUGUUAUUCAUCUACCAAAACGAUAUGAACGUGACAAUAAUUAAUGGGCAAGGAUUGAUAGUAGCAAUCCAUAUAACCUGUUUAAUAAAUGUUCAUAUUGUCUUGUCCUUUUAGAGACAGUAGAUUCGAUUAGUGUAGUUGUAGGCGUUAGAAUCAAAUUAAUAGGAGGCUUAAACCUUAUAGGUUCGAGAGACUUUACCAAUGAACUUCACGGGUAAGUAUGAGAUUAUCAUAUGAUUAUCAGACUAUCAUACUAUGUUUUAACUUUUCAGCAUCCAGGACAAUGAAGAUUCAGGUUCAUUUUCUCUAUCAUCUUAAGGCAAGGACUUCCUGUGCAACACUUGCACUCUGUCAGCGUUUCAGCAGGACUCAAGUUUACUUUGGGCGGGAAGUAUUGUCCACAACCUUGAUUCAUUCUGACAAUUAAGCUAAACUCAAAAGAGUUUCAGUCUGCGAAACAUGAAAAAAGUAAGUGUUCAUCUUAACUUUAGAACCAAAUCUUAAACUCCAGGCAACAAACAUGGUACUCGAUGGAUAUUUCUUAUAGAAAGUGCUUGCAUUACUUCUCUGAAAAAACUCCUUUACUGAAAAGUGUUUUUUCAUAAAAAUACCUUCAAGGCACUUUAGUACCUAUACAGUACCACCAUAAGCUACUUGUUACUAUCUUCUGAAUGUGUGAUGGAAGAGUAGAUGUUGUUUUAUCAUUCGUACUUUUUGUCAUGUCAUCCGUAUAGAGUGCUUUUGUAGACCCCAUGUUUGCAGCUAUUAUCAAGUGCAAUAACACAAUUGAGCCAGAAGUAGAGUGGA